GUAUAAGGCGAUCGUAAACCCGAUGGACAUCCAGACGUCCAGCGCCGUCUUCUGGACGUGUCUGAAGGCCGUUUCUAUCUGGCUGCUGUCCGUCCUGCUCGCCGUCCCCGAGGCCAUUUUCUCUCAAGUUGUCACCUUGCAGGGUCAAAGGGACAACACGAACGUCACCUUUGUGAACUGUGUGCCCUACCCGAUGUCCAAUCAGAUGCAUCCAAAGAUCCACUCUGUGAUGAUCUUCCUGGUUUACUUCCUGAUCCCUCUCAUCAUCAUCUCCGUGUACUACUACCACAUUGCCCGCACGCUCAUCAAGAGCGCCCACGACAUGCCGGGCGAGGUCAGCGAGCACACCAAGAGACAGAUGGAGACAAGGAAGCGCCUGGCCAAGAUCGUGUUGGUGUUCGUCGGCCUGUUUGCCCUCUGCUGGUUCCCCAACCACGUGCUCUACAUGUACCGCUCCUUCCACUACCACCAGAUGGACCUGUCGCUGGCUCACCUCGUCAUCACCCUGCUGGCUAGAGUCCUCAGCUUCUCCUCGUCCUGCGUCAACCCCUUCGCCCUCUACCUGCUGAGCGAGAGCUUCCGACGGCACUUCAACAG